GGAGUGCUAAAACAGCUCGCUGUUUUGGGAUUUGCCGCCUCAAGUUUCAUCUAGCUACCUCGAACAAAUCCUUCAAUCUCCAUGGCUACAUCGAUAUCAACUCAAUAUACUAACGAGGAGGAAAUUAAAAGGAAGAGAAAGAAGCGAAAGAGAGUUGUUGUAUUAGUUGUGUCUAUUAUGGCUAUUAUUGCAAACCGGUAUCAACGGAGGAGACCUAGACACAUCGUAGAUGCUAACGAAGUUCAAGAGAGAAAUGUCGAGUCCAGAAAACAAAUGCUACGUAAUAUGUACCAGGGUUCAAAUGUCUAUUGCUAUGACAGUUUGCGCCUAACUAAGAGAUCUUUUAGUGACUUGAGUGCCAUCUUACGGGAAAAGAGUGGCCUACAGGAUACCUUAAAUGUGUCGGUAGAAGAAAAGCUUGCAAUUUUUCUGCUUAUAGUAGGUCAUAACACCAAAAUGAGGUUGAUCCGUAGCACUUAUGGGUGGUCUCUUGAACCAAUCAGUCGACACUUCAACGAAGUGCUUAGAGGGAUUCCUAUUUUUAAGUCAUGAGUUCAUCAAGCUUCCUAAUCCAGAAACCACUCUACCUGAGGAUCCAAAGUGGAAAUGGUUUGAGGAUUGUCUAGGUGCACUAGAUGGCACACAUAUCGAUGUGAAUGUUCCAUUGACUAACCAAGGUAGGUAUAGAAAUAGGAAGCAACGAAUCACCACUAAUGUAUUAGGGGUUUGUGAUCGACAAAUGAAGUUUUUGUAUGUCUUGGCUGGAUGGGAAGGGUCGGCUUCGGAUUCACGCAUACUACGUGAUGCCAUGUCACGGGAGGACUCAUUUGUUGUUCCUAGUGGUAAAUACUAUCUAGUGGAUGCUGGAUAUACAAAUGGUCCGGGAUUUCUUGCCCCGUACCGAUCUACACGGUACCACUUGAAUGAAUGGGCUAUUCAAGGCAACAAUCCAUCUACUGCGAGAGAGUUAUUCAACCUACGCCAUGCAACGGCUAGGAAUGUGAUAGAGAGAACUUUUGGGCUAUUGAAGAUGAGAUGGGCAAUCUUGAGGACCAGCUCAUAUUUUGAUUUAGAAAACCAGAUUAGGAUCAUCCAUGCUUGCUGCAUAUUGCAUAAUUUUUUAAGAGAUAGACAAAGAGAUAUGGACGAUAUUCUAAUACAUGAAGUUGAUAGUCUCAUCUCUGCUGCUCCUGCUGAAAAUCAAGGAGAAAUGAGUCUGAUUACGCAUGUUCAAUCAACUAAUGAGUGGGGUAAUUUUAGAGACACCAAAGCUAGUGAAAUGUUUGUUGAUUAUCAAGCGAGGCGUGGUCAAAGCUCAUAGUUGUAUGCUUCUGUUUUCUAUGUCUUUGUCAUUUAUGAAUUUUUGUGUUUGUGUUUUUUAUAUGUGUGGUUCUUUGAUUGUAGGACAAGAAAACAAGGGGCUAUGUUCCUUGGAAUGAUGAGAUGGAUAAGGUACUCCUCGAUACGUUUGUGGACUAUUACAAUAAAGGUGAUAGAUGUCAGAAUGGGUGGAAGUUUCAUGUAUACACAGCUGCUGUGAAGAAUGUUUGUGAGAAGUGCAAUGUCACCAUUACAAAGGAAAAUAUUAGCUCUCGCAGCAAGACCUUUGAUAAGCACUACAAUAUCAUUAAUGGUUUGUUGUCCACUAGUGGUUUUGGAUGGGAUUGGGAGAAGAACAAGCUCAAAGUUGAUAGUGACACUGUAUGGGAUGAGUAUGUUGAGAGGAAUAAGGAAGCAAAAGGAUAUAGACAUAAGGUUGUGAAGUUUUGGGAUCUACUGAGCCUAGUGUACAAUAAAGACCAAGCAAAUGGAGAGGGUGCUAAAACAGCAGCUGAAAGUUCAAAGGAAAUGGCAAAAGAGAAUGAUACCGGAGGCAAGGAUGCUCCAUAUUCUGUAUCUUCCUCGAGUAGUUUAAAAAGACAAAGAUCAGAUGAUUCAUUUAACUCUAUAUGGUGUGAUAAGUUUGACAUGCUUACAUCUGCAUUGAAAGAUGAUGGUCCAAAGCUACCCUCUUCCGCCGAAGUUCUCGCCGCAUUACAAGAGGUUGAAGGACUUGAUGAAGACACGGAACUUGAGCUUUAUGACAUCCUCACCUCUAAUGCACGCAAGUUUGAGUCAAUGAUGGCACUCCCAAUGGAAAGGAGGAAGAGGUGGCUUAUGAUGCAGCUAAGGAAGUGAAACAACUUAUAUGUGAACUUAGAUCUCUGUGUUGAACUGAUUGUGUGAACCUGUCUUUGUGAAACUUUUGUGUGCGAACUUGUUGGCUAUGUGAAACUGUUGUGUGCGAACUUGAUGGCUUUAUGAAACUGCUAUGUGAAGAUUUGAUGUAUUUGUAGAA